AAGACACUUGUUGCCGCCUUUCUCUCUUAACCUCUAGCCUGUAAAGUUGUUUCUUCCUCGUCCCAAUAUUUCAAUGUUUCUCUGAACAUUUUUCGCAUUUUUCUUGGAGAAACAUUUCUAAUCUUCUGAUUUGUUUCUCCCUCCACUUUUUUUUUUUUUCUUUUUUUGUUGUUGUUGUUUGGCGCUCAAGAAAGCCUCUGCCUAUUUUAAUCGGACGGCGAAGAGACGGCUUUCUCCGAUGGCGCCGCGUCUUUUCGCCUGUUUUGGCGUCAAAGGAUCCUCCACUUCCACCACCGGAAAAGGAAUCUCCGGUCAUAACGCCGCCGUCGUCGCCGCGGAUGUUCCAGCCGGUGAUGGACCUGUUCUCCUUCAGCUCUUCUCGUCUCAGGGAUGUAAGACUUCUCCGGAGGCCGAGAUGCUCGUGUCCCGACUCGGCCGUGGCGAUUUCGACGGUCAGAUCCGUCGAGAUGGUGGAUCCGGUUCACCGGCGAUGGUUCUUGUUUUCCACGUUGAUUAUUGGGAUUACUUGGGGUGGAAGGAUCCGUAUGGGUCAAGCCAGUGGACGGUGAGGCAAAAGGCUUACGUCGAGGCGUUGAAUCAAGAUACGAUGUUUACUCCUCAGCUUGUGGUUCAAGGUCGAGUCCAAUUACUUGGGAAUGAAGAAGAGACUCUGCUCAAGUCGAUUGUUGAAGCGCCUAGGUUUCCUUCUCCCGCGUUUAGGGCCACAUUCCAAAGACCAACAUCAGAAACCCUUCAAGUAUCUCUCACAGGAGCUUUGAGGAUGAAAGUGGACUCGAGCGGGAUAGAUAUAAUGGUGGCACUAUACGAGACCGGACUAGUUACAGAUUGCCCUCGAGGAGAGAACUCAGGAAGAGUCUUGUCGAAUGACUACGUUGUAAGAAAGCUAGAAAAAUUAUGCACCGUUAAGGACUUAACGGCGAAGAAGACGGUGUCGGGUACGGCUCAUUUCACGGUAUGGGAUGGAUUCAACAGUGCUAAAUGUGGAGUUGCUGUUUUUCUACAGAACACAUCUCUUCAAAUUUUCGGUACGCAGAGUUUUCAAUUGCCUGAUGAGAUUUGACACACAAAAAAUUUCGGAAUCUAUGUAUUACAAAAAAAAAGAAAAAAAAUCUGCCCUUUUGUGUUCGAUCAUAUUUUGUUAUCAGAAUUUGUGUGUACAGAAGGAUAUUUGUCACU